AUGUCUCUCGGACGAACCGUCAAGCUCAACUCGGGCGCCACGUUCCCCCUGCUGGGAUACGGCACCUGGCAGUCGGCCCCCGGCGAGGUCGGCACCGGCGUCUACGAGGCCCUCAAGGCCGGCUACCGCCACCUGGACUUGGCCAAGAUCUACCAGAACCAGCGCGAGGUCGGCGAGGGCAUCAAGAAGGCCCUCGCCGAGGUCCCCGGCCUGAAGCGCGAGGACAUCUUCAUCACCUCUAAGCUGUGGAACAAUAGCCACGAGCCCGAGAAGGUUGAGGCCGCGCUGGAUGAUACCCUGGAGGAGCUUGGUCUGGACUACCUUGACCUUUACCUUAUCCACUGGCCCGUUGCCUUCAAGACUGGUGACGCCCUGUUCCCCAAGGCCACCGCCGACAGCCCCGAUGUCGAGUUGAACCGUGAUGUUUCCAUCAGUGCCACUUGGAAGGCCGUUACCAAGCUGCCCAAGACCAAGGCCCGCUCUAUCGGUGUCUCCAACUUCUCCAUUGAGCACCUCGAGACCGUCAUCGCCGAGUCUGGCGUCGUCCCCGCCGUCAACCAGGUCGAGCGCCACCCUCGCCUGCCCAACCUGCCGCUGGUCGAGUACCUCGCCAAGAAGGGCAUCGUGCUUACGGCCUACUCGGCCUUUGGCAACAACUCGCUGGGCCUGCCCCUGCUGGUCGCCACGCCCGAGGUCAAGGCCAUCGCCGAGCGCCUGUCGGCCGCCCAGGGCAAGACCGUGACGCCUGCGCAGGUCAUCCUCGCCUGGUCGCAGAUCGGCGGCCACGCCGUCAUCCCCAAGUCGGUCACGCCCUCCCGCAUCCGCGAGAACUUCCAGGAGGUUGAGCUUGACGCCGAUGCCGUUGCGGCGCUGGACAAGCUGGGCGAGACUCCCUUGCGCUUCAACAUCCCCUUGAACUACAAGCCCAAGUGGGAUAUCAACGUCUUCAGCGACGAGAAGGAGAGCGCUGCUACCCACCAGGUCAUCCAGAAAUAA